UUCAUAUAUUGCAUUAUUCUCUCAUUGUAGGGACAUGCUUUGUCUCUCACUAUGCUGUAGCACAGAAUAAUACAGUCGGGCAAGCCCCGUGGUCUGUUCGUCUGAUGGGUGGUAUCUAUGAAUCUGAAGGUCGGGUUGAAGUCUUCUAUGACAACCAAUGGGGUUCUAUAUGUGACAGCCUGUGGAGCAUCGAGGACGCGAGUGUUGUCUGUCGGCAGCUGAAUUACAGUGGAGCAGACCUAGCAUUGGUAGCGGGACAGUACGGUGAAGGUCAAGAUGUCGUCCUGUUUAGUAACAUGGAAUGUAAUGGAAUGGAGAGCAAUCUUUCAACUUGUAAAUAUGACCUUGUUGAUGUUACACAUUGCGACCAUUCAAGAGAUGCUGGUGCCGUGUGCACGAGUCAGGGAAGUCUUCGCCUAGCCGGUGGGUAUGUACCUGGAGAGGGUCGUGUUGAGAUUCUGGGAGAAUCUGGAGACUGGGGUACAAUAUGUGACGAUGGAUGGGAUAACACCGAUGCAGGAGUAGCAUGUAGACAGCUAGGAUACCCAGAUGCUUUAGAAGCCAUAGUCAACGUAGAUUAUCCCAACACACUGCCAGUCUUUGGUUCGGGAUCUGGUCCUAUUCUUCUUGAUGGACUCGAUUGUGAAAGUGAAAAGCGACAUUUAAGAGACUGUCUUGUAACAAACGAAUGGGGAAUUCACGACUGUACUCAUGACGAGGAUGCAGGAAUAACAUGCGACCUGGGACUUACCCGACUUGUAGACGGCGAUUUUGACGAUGAAGGCCGCGUUGAAGUUUACUAUGGGGGUAAAUGGGGAAGAAUCUGUUCUACCAAUUGGACCAUUGAUGAUGCCCAUGUUGCAUGUAGAGAACUUGGAUUCCCUCUCGGAGCAAGGAACACGAAAAUAUUUGAGGGAGGCGAUGGACCUUUUCUACUGGACGACAUGAAAUGUCAAGGAGUUGAGACCCAUUUAGCCGAUUGUGAAUCUUUAGGAUGGGCCAACAACCAAAACUGUGAUGCCAACCUGAACUAUGGUGCAGGCGUUGUGUGUAAUGAUCCUUCGGCCGUUGUGAGACUCCUAAGUGGAUCUAGCAGCUAUGAAGGUGUAGUUCAAUACCGAAAUAGAUCUGAACUUGGUUUGAUAUGUGAUCCUGAUUGGAGUGAUAAAGAAGCAGAUGUGACCUGUCGACAGCUAGGAUACCAGUAUGGACGAAGUGAAAAGCCAGUUUCACUUGGACCAUUAUCUGGAACCAUCUAUUACUUGGACUAUCACUGUAACGGAACUGAAGAGCAGAUAGGAGAUUGUGUGUAUACAUUAAAGUCAAAUGAUGUCCAAUGUAACCCUGAUCACAUAGCACAAGUUUUCUGCGGACCACCAAUAGACUUUGACCUACGAAUGGUUGGGAGUGAUUUCACUGAGCAAGGUCGUCUAGAAGUCUUUCUUAAAGGCGAGUGGGGCUACGUAGCUGCAGGAUACUAUUCGUCUAUAGACCGUUAUACAGUUUGUCGCCAUCUUGGAUAUGCAGGUGCCUUUUACACCUACAGGAGUGAAUUUGCUCGUUCUUCGCGUCCAAUUCUUAUAGACGAUAUAUCAUGUGGUGACAAUGAUAUGAAAAUAACUGAUUGCUACAUACUAGAGUUGAGCGGACCUAAUUCAACCCGAAUUGAGCGUGAUGAAGUCAGUGCACUCUGUUUUCCAUAUGAGAGUGUAGCAAACCACCCCGUGAGGUUCAGAGAUGAGAACGGAGUGAUCAAUAGAAAUUAUGGAGUCAUUGAGAUAUAUCAUGAUGGAAUAUGGGGUCCAAUUUGCGACUCUUAUUUUUACCAACACGAGAUCCUUUGUAGUCAGCUCGGUCAUACGGAUUUAACAAUGGGCGGUAGCUUAAGUAACUACGAUGGGAAAUACACGUCAAAUGGUCCAAUGUGGUUCCGCUUGUCAUAUUGUCCCCGAUACUCCGGUUUAUAUGGUUUUGACCAUGACAAGAUAUAUGAAUGCAGACAUGGUCCAUGGGGUAAACCUGAUCCUGACGAUUGUUCAAGGGAUAACGUGGCUACAGCCAGAUGCGUCUAUAUGGAUCAGACGGAUGACUAUUAUCCAGAUGACUAUUAUCCAGAUGAAGAUGUAAGUUGGCCACCCGGUCUCGGUGGAUGGGAGGUUUUUCUCGUCGCCAUUGCUGUGGUGGUACCAAUGUGUAUUAUCAUCGGUUGCUGCUAUCGAAGUCGACGUUCUCAAACAAUCAUAGCUACGGGCGCUCCUCCUGCUACUUACACGUCAGCUACCAAUGCUACGCAUAUUGAUGGUGUAUCCUCAGAAUCUACAGACCCUGCUCCACCCUACGUUCCUGCAUCCCCGGCUCCUGUCGAAUCUCCACCUACAUAUGACUCUGUUACUGCACCAAUGACCCAGACUGAUAAUACCAAUGCCUGAUGGACAAAUAAUGCAGAGAAUUAAUAAAAUAUUACUUCUGGGAAUGUGAGCCCUUUUCACAAACAUAGCAUGUGUUUUGGUGCAAGAUUUCCACCAAAAGGCUGAAAGAAGAAUUAUUUAGAGAAGUCAUUAAACCAAUUCAUAAUCACUAUUCUUUCCUUAUUUAAAAUAUGAUAAAGAACAUGUAUUUCUUGUAGUUUGUUAAUUGUAUGCAUGUCGGAGUCGACUCUGUUAAUGUGUGGAGAAGUAUUGUAUAGAAUUUCGCGACAUAUGUUUCUUGAUGUGUUUUGCCUUCGUUUAUGACCUCUAUUGUCUACCUCUAUUUGAUAACGUACAACACGACCUCAAAAGCAUUGGCAUAGCAAAUGCUUUUAUUCAUUCUUGAAUUUGAAUAAUAUGCAAACAUUAAUGCAUUUUUAGGUUAAAAUACGAGGUACUUUAAAAACAAAUUCAUACAAAAUUAGAAAAACAGACCGGGGACCACUAUUAAAAGCCUAUGUUCAGGCUUAACAGGUUGAUGGUCUCAAGAAUUGGGAAGAACUAACGGUUCUAUAUAGGACACCUACCCCCUGGGCAUCCAUCCCCCGGAUAACCACCCCUAGUCAACUACCCCCUAGGACAACU